UGGGUGGGCGGUCUCCCACGCUGCCCACGUGCCCCUCGGCGGCUGCCAACGGUCUGGAGCUCGGCUGUGCUUUCUGCACCCCGACCCAACCAUGCCUCUGCUCUUCACACUUGUCGAACUUGCCAUGCUGUUAGCCCGCCUCGAUUCGGAAGGCAUAUACCUGCAUAUCACCGUGCCAGUGAAGACAGAGCCACCCAAGGGCGCAGUUUCAGAAGGGAAGGUGACUUAUGUCAUUACAAUUGAUGGGAAACCCCACUCUCUGCAUCUCAGAAACUACUCAUUCUUAUCCCAGGAUUUUUUGGUUCACACAUACAAUGAAACUGGAUUUUUGUAUUCCGACUCUUCACACUUAAUGACACAUUGCCAUUACCGAGGAUACGUUGAUGAAUUUCCAAAUUCUACUGUCACACUUAACAUCUGCUCUGGCCUCAGGGGAUUCCUGCAGUUGGAAAACAUCAGCUAUGGAAUUGAACCACUGGAAUCUUCAGCAAAAUUUGAGCACAUAGUUUAUCAAUUGAAAAAUGACACUCCAGUGUUAGCAGAAAAUUACAGCCGCAUUUGGCAGAUGGACCAGCUCAAUAAAGGUCAUCCCGAUGCCCAGGACAAAAAUCAUUCACAACUAUUCCCUCAAAGUCUAAAACUGCACAUUAUAGUGGGGAAAUCUUUGUAUGAUUACAUGGGAUCUGACACUUUGGGUGUAACACAGAAAAUUUUCCAGAUUAUUGGGCUUGUCAACACAAUGUUUACUCAGCUGGAUUUGGCUGUUGUGUUAGCCUCUUUGGAACUGUGGUCAGAUAAAGACCAAAUUUCUACCGACGGAGAUGCUAAUGAUAUUUUACAAAGAUUUUUGGACUGGAAACGAGACUAUCUUACCCUACAGUCCCAUGAGAUAACACACUUACUCAUUUACAGGGAACAUCCAAAAUAUAUUGGAGCAGUAUCACCGGGUGACAUAUGCAAUAAAAGCUAUGCUGCGGGUGUCGCCAUGUAUCCAGAAGACAUAGGUUUGGAGGGAUUCUCAGUGGUUAUCACUCAAAUGAUUGGCCUUCACAUAGGAUUAUCAUACGAUGAUGUCAAUAAUUGUUCCUGUCCCAGAGCUCCAUGCAUAAUGCAACAGGGAGCACUGAGUUCCAGUGGGAUGAAGACUUUUAGCAACUGCAGCAUGCAUGACUACAAGCAUUAUGCUUCAGAAUUGGUUGCGAAAUGUCUUAGUGACCUUUCAAAUGAACAAGUAUUACAACAAAAUCAGCCCGUGUGUGGUGACGGAAUUGUGGAAGCUGAUGAAGAAUGUGACUGUGGUAAUGACACAGAAUGCCUAUUUAAAGAGUGCUGCCACUAUGAAACAUGCAGACUGAAAGCCUCCGCCAAAUGUGGAUCUGGAGCGUGUUGUACAUCAAGCUGUGAGCUAUCAGCAGCAGGCACUCCCUGUAGGAAGGCUGUUGACCCGGAGUGUGAUUUCACAGAAUAUUGCAGUGGAUCCUCUAACCAGUGUGUCCCCGACACCUUUGCCCUGAAUGGCCAUUUGUGCAGGUUGGGAUCCGCCUAUUGCUACAACGGACGAUGCCAAGCCCUUAAUGACCAGUGUGUCAACUUAUUUGGAAAAGGGUCUCAAGGUGCUUCCUAUGCCUGUUUUGAAAAAGUUAAUUCACCACGUGAAAAACUGGAAAACUGUGGUUUUAAAAAUUCAUACCCAUUACCUUGUGGACAAAAGGAUGUUCUCUGUGGAAAACUAACUUGUUUUCGGCCACACAAGAAUUACAAAAGCACAGCCCAAUCCGUGAUAUAUUCGUACGUCCAUGACAGUGUGUGUCUGUCCAUUCCUCCUGGGUUAUCUAUGAGAUCAGAUGGGAGAGAUUAUGCGUAUGUGGCUGAUGGCACUGUAUGUGGGCCACAAAUGUAUUGCGUCAACAGAACCUGCAAAGAAGUUACUUUAACAAGAAUUGACUGCAAUGCCACUAAGAAGUGCAAAGGGAAUGGGAUAUGUAAUAACUUUGGUAAUUGCCAAUGCUUUCCUGACUACAGGCCUCCAGACUGUAACUUACAGAUUGGAUCGCCCGGGGGCAGCAUCGACGAUGGAAACAUUAUCAGAGCUGACCUAUAUUUGGGGACAAAACACUUCAGCAAGCAUCAGGACAGCUGGCUGAUCCUGAGUUUCCUCAUUUUUCUGCCUUUUAUCAUAACUUUCAUCAUUGGGAUCAUGAAGAGAAAUGAACGAAAAAUCAUGCCUCAGAUAUAACACCAAAUAUGAGGGCAAGUUACUCAUUACACCAGAAAACUGCCAAGGAGUUCUUCGGUGAAUGGACCAAAGGAGAAAGUGUGUGUUCCAACCCCUCUGUUACCCCUGGAUACAGUUUCAAUCUCAGACUUUUGUAAAAUAAAAUGGACACAUGCACAAA